CUAUGCCUGCCUCACUCUGGAAUACACUGCUGCCUCUGCCAGAACACCCUAGAAUGGCAAGAUUUUGCUGCUCCUGGACAGGGACCACUUGCCCCAGUUCCUGGGCCUGACUUGAGCCCAGGCUGUGACCAGGAUGAGGUGGCGGGACCGAAUAGCUGUAUUAUUCUUCCCUCCAGGCAUGAUGCUCACUGUAGCUGCACUCAUGCUCUUCUUCAUACACAUGUGUGUCUUUGCUAGUGAUGUUCACAACUUUUGUGUCACCCACCACUAUGACUUCAUGAGCUUCCGAUACACGGUUGUCCUGAUGUUCUCCCAGGUGAUCAGCAUCUGCUGGGCUGCCAUGGGGUCACUCUACGCAGAGAUGACUGAUGACAAGUUUCUUCGAUGCUUUGCUUUGACCAUCCUGAUACUCAAUGGAGCCAUGUUCUUCAACCGCAUGUCCUUGGAGUUUCUGGCCAUCAAUUACCGAGAGGAGAGUCACUGAGGUCUGGGGGUUGGGGACAGGAAGGAAGAUGGAAAAAGCUGCUUCAGGUAUUUUAAUAAAGUCUGUUGUUUAUUUGCA